AUGUCUUCCGAGGACAAGUACGAGACGUUGGAGAAGAUUGGCCAUGGAUCCUUCGGUGUCAUCCGCAAGGUUCGGCGGAAGGCCGAUGGCUUCAUCAUGUGCCGAAAGGAAAUCUCAUACCUCCGAAUGUCGCAAAAGGAGCGCGAGCAGCUCCACGCCGAGUUCCAGAUUCUGUCGACCCUCCGCCAUCCCAACAUCGUCGCCUACUACAACCGUGAACACCUCAAGGUCAGCCAAGACCUGCACCUGUACAUGGAGUACUGCGGCAACGGCGACCUCGGUCGUGUCAUCAAGGACCUCACAAUGAAGGGUCAACGAGCCCAAGAAAGCUUUGUCUGGAGCAUCUUCAGCCAGCUGGUCAUGGCCUUGUAUCGGUGUCACUAUGGCAUCGACCCGCCCGAGGUUGGCGCCAAUGUUUUGGGUUUGACACAGGGGACUGCGGCAGGUCCCAAGGUUCCCGCUGGAACUAUGACUAUUCUACAUCGUGACUUGAAGCCCGAGAAUGUCUUCCUCGGCGAGGACAACUCGGUCAAGCUUGGAGACUUUGGUCUCUCCAAGAUGAUCAAGUCCCACGACUUUGCUUCUACCUACGUCGGCACACCAUUCUACAUGUCGCCCGAGAUCUGUGCUGCCGAAAAGUACACACUCAAGUCGGACAUUUGGUCCCUGGGCUGCAUCAUCUACGAGCUCUGCGCACGAGAGCCGCCAUUCAACGCCAAGACACAUUUCCAGCUUGUGCAAAAGAUCAAGGAGGGCAAGUUCCCUGCCCUGCCUGAUGUCUACUCUCCCGAACUUGGCCAGGUCAUCAAGGACUGCCUCAGGGUCAACCCUGACCGGAGACCCGACACGGCGUCGCUGCUUAACCUGCCUGUUGUCAGGCUCAUGCGCAAGGAGAAGGAGGUUGUCGACCUCAACAAGUCACUCAAGCUGAGGGAAGACGCUCUCCGUAAGAAGGAGAGAGAGGUGAUGGAGAGGCUCGCCGGCCUUGAGAUGGAGAAGGAGCUCAUCCGAGAAGAGCUGGACUCGUCGCUGCGGAGAGAGUGGGAGGUCAAGGCCCGCCUGAAGAUUGAUCACCUGGUCAACGCCGAGAUUGAACAACUACAUGUCCGCUUUGAGGAAGAGGUGCAGGCUCGGGUGGAGGAAGAAGUCCAAGCCCGUGUCGAGGCCGAGCUGCAGAAGAAGACAGUCGCCUUUGUCGGCUCAAGACCCCAGAGUCGCGAGGACGAGCACCCGACAUCACCAGCCAAGUCGGAUUUCAAGCCGGAUUACCCUCACUCGUCGGUCAACACCAGCGGAGACGAGUUCCCCUCGACGACGGACCUCACUGAGUACUCCAUCGAUAGCCCCGAGAGUUUCCGGGAGACGAAGAAGACGACGCGCACGCCCUUCGCCCGUGCGCAGACAAUGUUUGUGGGCAACGCUGCUAAUACGCCCAUGGACAUUGAGAUGGGCUCGCCCAGCCCCAUCGCCGCCAUUGAGUCGCUGUCCCUAUCACCCCGUCGCAAUGGAGGUACCAAGGCCCCGACUUACAACGCGGGCAACAUCUUCACGGCCAACAUCUUUGCCAACAACGCCAACCGAAGCUCGGGCGAGAGCCGGUGGGAUAACCCUCGUGGCGAGCCGUCCUUGUCUGAUUCUGAGGAUGACGACAUCAUGCCCUCGCCGACUCGCAACAUCAAGUCAUCCAAGAACCCCUUCACAUCAAAGACUCGCCCUGUCUUGACGUCGCAAAAGUCGUGCCCCAUCAACCGACUCAAGCCUGUGGCCUCGAACCCCGGCUUUGUGUCGAAGCAGAUCAUGCCCCAAGCCGAAUCUGGUCCUAGAUCUCCCAACCGACGACUAAGCAAGAUACCAUCUGCGGCGUCGCUUCAGCCUGAGGCCAGCACUACUCAGGGUCUGACUCGCACUCUGUCGCUUAACAGCAACAGGAAGAACGCGGACGAGGCGAUGGGCAGGAUGGUUGCCAAGAACAACAUGGCCAACAUCAAGGGCCGAACCCUCGUCGAGCUGCAACAGGCUCGUGCUGGCGGACGUCCCAUGAGCGCUGUUGUUCUCCCCACCACCGGUGAGAACGUGAGCCCCAAGAGGGCAUUCAGAGACCGUAUCGGCCUUGAGCGGAAGUCGAGCGGCGACGAGCCCGUGGCUGUAUGGGAUCCAGAGCGUGACGAGAUGCCCAGUCCAUUCCUCGUCCGAGCUCGACGCAUCGCCCGGGUAUAG